AUGAACAUAUUCCGUUUUGCAGGGGAUCUUUCCCACCUUGCCAGUAUUUUCAUAUUAGUGUACUCAAUUGAAUUGCACAAAUCAAUUAAAGGAUUGUCAUUGAAAACACAAUCUUUAUAUGCCCUUGUAUACAUAACUCGUUAUUUGGAUUUGUUUACUACUUAUGUUUCCCUUUAUAAUUCAUUGAUGAAGAUAUUUUUCAUUGGAUCUUCAGUUUACAUUGUCCAUAUCAUGGCAUUUAAAUAUCGUAAGUCUAUUAAGGAGGACAUAGAUACAUUUCCAGUUAGAUAUUUAGUGGGAGGCUCGUUCUUGCUUUCAUUGAUUUUCACCCAUAAAUAUUCAUUUGGUGAAAUCUUGUGGUCGUUUUCAUUGUGGCUCGAGUCAGUAGCAAUCUUACCCCAACUAUUUAUUUUACAAAGAACAGGAGAAGCGGAAAAUAUCACGACCCAUUACAUUUUUGCAUUAGGUAUUUACAGAGUUUUGUAUAUUCCAAAUUGGUUAUACAGAUAUUUCGGGGAAGGUAAGUUUGAUUACAUUGCUGUCUUAGCUGGAUUAAUUCAAACAGCAGUGUAUUCAGACUUUUUCUACAUUUAUUAUACUAGAGUUAUGCAAGGUCAAAAUUUUGAAUUGCCAGUUUAA